ACCCAAAGGACACCAGAGAGUCCUCAGACGAGUUCACGAUUCGUCAGCAAGACCGGCUAUCGUCUCCCCAAGACCUCGGUGUACUCUGCUCCUUCACGGAUACAGGCUCUCCCUCUCGCAGGCCUCUCCGCGAGUCCGCUCACGCCGAACCCAUGCCCUCUCCCCUUGUUUGCCGCCGUCCGCCCCGAUCCGGCCUAGCGCGCUCUCGCGUCCCGGUCCCAGGAGCACUGCCCAGAGGUCCGAGGAAUGUGAAGACUGCAACCACUUUGCAGCUUGGGAACCUUCUGGGCCGCUGGGCAUUAUGGAGUAUUCCGUACCGUGCUAUUACAGAGUUCCGGAGUCGCAAAAAGGUCGGUCGGAGCCUCGGUGACGAACCAGUGACGGGCUCCGCAUCCCUCAAUCUGGCUCCAUCUUCGUUCCCGGACCUCGGGUUGCCUCUCCAGGAAUCCCCUAGGCCCAUUGGCUGGCUCUGUCCAGACCAACCCUUCCAGACCGCUGUCCCAGACCUUGGACAUGAGAUCAAUCGCAUCGCAGGUGGUGAGACGGUGGCAGGAAUAAGCGUGGCCACUGCCAGCACUUCUCGUCUAGAAGUACGGGCCUAGAACUUCCCCUCUCAUAUUGUAGAUUUUUAAUCCUUUGAAUAAAACUGUUUGAACGUCAUUGCCAUCAUUCGUAAGCUACCUUGAAUACCGAAAUUGUUUCAUGUCCAGCACCCAUCAGGGCCUCUUGGGGACACGUCCACGCUACUCGCUUUCAUACUCAUAAUUCAUCCA